AUGUCCCAAGAAGCCAGGAACCACAUAGUCCGAGAGAUACAGGAGACUCAGAGACUCAGGAUCCAGAGCCCCAGACCCCCAGGAGACCCAGAGGCCCAGGAGCCUCUUAGCUCCAGUAUUCCAAAACACAGGAGCCCUAGAGCCCCGGAGUACAGAGCCCCAGAGCCCCAGGAGACCAACAUCCCCGGGAGCCCUAAGGCUCCAAAGCCCCGGAGCCGCAGGAACCCCUUAGCCCCAGAGCUCCAGGAGCUCCAGAGACCCAGGAUCCCUCAGGCGCCAGAGUCCCUGAACCCCUGGACCCGAGGAAAUCUGGAGAUCCAGAGAUCUAGGGACCUAGGAGCCCCAGUGCGCCAGGGUUUCCAGAGCCCCAGAGGCCCAGUAGCUCCAGAGGUCAGAACCCGGAUUAACAGGAUCCCCAAGACCCCAGAGUCCCAGCGCAUUAAUGUCCCAAGAGCUCCCGGAGACCCCAAAUCCGAGAGCCCCAGGAGAUUUAGAGUCCCUAAAGCGCUAGGAGCUCCCGAACCACACAAAGCCCCAGAGCCGUGGGAGCCUCAGAACCUCAGCAACCUCGAGUACCCAAGUCCAGAGUUCCAGAGCCACAGCAGUGCCAGAGCCCCAGGAGCCCCAGAAACCAGGGUCCUAGAGUCCCUGGAACACCAAAGCUCCAGAACGCCGGAUCCCCAGAACCUCAGGAUCCCUGGAGUCACAAGGAAAGCAGGAGUGUUAGAGCCCCAGAGCCCCUUAGCCGCAGAACCUCAGGAGCCACAAGGUCCCAGAGAUUUCGAGACCCCCAGGAUCACUAAGACUACAGAGCCUAAGAGCCCCAGAUUCCUGAGCCCCAGAACAACAAGAGCUACAGAGCCCCAGGAACCCCAGGUUGUCAAAGCCCUAGCGCCCCAGGAUGCCCAGAGUCCCAACAGGGUGAAAGUCCCAGAGCCCCUGAUCCCUAGAAUCCAGCAUCCUUGGAGGACAAAGCACCCCAGGAGCCCAAAGAACCCCAGAGUCUCGGUAGCCCAAAGUCCCCAGAGCCUCAGAGCCCAGAAGACCCAGAGAACAAGAGCGUCAGAAGGCCCAGAGCCCCAGGAACCCCAGGAACCCCAAGACCUCAGAGGCCUAGAGCCUCGGGAGUGCCAGAGCCCAGAACACCAGACCCUCAAAGUCCCAGAGAUCCAGAUCCCCAGAGCUCCAGGAAUUCUGGAGUCCCAAUAA